CCUCUCUGACUAUGGGCAAGAAAGUGGCUGUGAUCCUUGCCGGCUGUGGGGUCUAUGAUGGAAGCGAAAUCCACGAAUCUUCCGCUGUCAUGGUGCAUCUCAGCAGGGAAAGGGCAGAGGCCGAGUUCUAUGCCCCAGAUAUUGACCAAAUGCACGUGGUGAACCACAUGAAGGGGCAGCCGACGGAGGAGAAGCGCAACGUCUUGGCGGAGAGCGCCAGGAUUGCCCGAGGCAACGUGAAAGACCUGGCCGAGCUGAAGGUGAAGGAGCUGGAUGCACUCAUCAUCCCAGGUGGCUUCGGAGUGGCCAAAAACCUUUGCACUUGGGCCGUGGAAGGGAAGGACUGCACCAUCUCCAAACACGUGGAGGAUGCCAUCAAAGCUUUCCACUCUGCCAAGAAGCCCAUCGGUCUGUGCUGCAUCUCUCCGGUGCUGGCUGCCAAAAUCCUCCCAGGCUGUGAGCUCACAGUCGGGCAAGACACAGAGGAGGGGGAGGACUGGCCCUACGCCAAGACCGUGGAGGCCAUGAAGGAGCUGGGCUGCAAACAUGUGAACAAAGACGUUGACGAGAUCCACGUGGAUGUAAAGAACAAGCUGGUGACUACGAGCGCUUUCAUGUGCAACGCCCCCAUCCACGAAAUCUACGACGGUGUCGGAAAGAUGGUCAAAGAGGUGCUGAAGCUGGCCUGA